GUUGGAUGAUGUCAUGUCUAACGCACAGAUUCUUCAACUGGUCGUCGUGAUCAUCUUCCCAUUUCGAUUCUCGGGUACAUGAAGAGGAUUCGAAUCACAUUGCAUAAUGGUCACUACCCAACAUGCAUAUGGCGCCUUGUUCUCAUGCGUGGCGGGCCAGAAGCCACAUGAAUGGGGAUCAUCCCGUCCGUCAGCUUCCGUGACUCCCGGAGCCGAUGCAUUGGUGGUUUCUAAAUCCAGUCAAUAUCAGUUUGUACUGAAACUAGACAGAACCAACACUCGCACUGCAUCUGACCAUUUUGAUUUUGGACCCUGCUUGUUCUCACAAACGAUACAGAUUAUAGCAUCUCUAUUAGUGUUUGGUUUAUCUUAUGCUUGUCUACGUUGCUGCAGCCUGGGUCACACUUCAGCCAGUGCAUUAGACUAGACUCUCAAUAAGGUAUGAACAAAGUUGGAGCGGUCUACUGCUGUUGCGAAUAGAGUUGACUAUGAGUUUCAUUCAUCAACACGCAAAUUUCAACGCUGUAAAUCGACCCCCAAAUAAGAUACCAGCAAUGACGUUUGGUUCCUGUCGUCAACACCAUCUUCAAUGGCUUUAUCUCGCGAUUCCGAGACCCUCUUGGCCUCUCCUCAAGAGACUCUUGCCACGGCUUGAUCGACGCAGAUAACACGGAAACAAGAUCAAUCCCCACAAGUUUAUGCCGCUGAGGCUUAGGUUUGCCUAGUGCAGCCACUCACAAGCCUGCCUGGGCUCGGCCAUGCAAGUCUCGUCAGAGUGGAUUGGAUUGGAUGUGAUCUAGCUGACGACAAGGUUGGUCCAGAGCGUUUUGCGUUUUUGGGCGGUUCAUCCAUUGCCCCUAGCCAGUUAGUGAGUGUCUUCGACCCCCAAUUAGCGGGUGCUUAAAAUUACUUCUGGGUACCGGUACUCGCGACUCGAGGCGUUGGAACGGUACCGGAACGUAAUCAAUGGCGUGGUGGUCGUCUACAGCCCGUGGUCCCUGAAAGUUGUAUCGGUCUCAUUUCAAUGCUUCAGUUAACCGCAUCCAUUGAAGAAAAAAGACGCUGGCCAUCUUGAAUCCGCCGGUGCAACAGUUUGUGCUUGUGCAUACGACGGCGCUGAGCGGCCGUUGGUCCCAAAAUGCAAAGGGGGGUCUGUCCCUGAGACUGACUGCGAGUUUAUUUUGCGGCCGCGCGGCUUUGGGGUUGAUGGAUGUAUCCGUCCACUUGCAGGGCCCUGGGCAGUGGAGAUGGCUUCUCUUUUCUAGAGGUCGCCGUCCCGUCAUAGCCGUGAUCCUGCUGUAUUUGCGCACGAGUUGGUACUGCAAUGUGUUAUUCGUGUUUCCAAUUCCUUCUUGUUUGAUGAGAAGAAGCAUUGUCGAAGGAAAGCCCCGGUAGACCAGCCACCGACGCGUUUUACGAGGUGAUAGUCUAUUUGGGGGCAUGGACCUGACUCACUUGGGCAAUGCGCCAAGUGAUAGUCUCUAGAGAAUCUGGGUAUUGAUGAGCAGCUUCGACGACUUCUGUAACUAUUCACCGACGCAAUGGGUCACUAUUGACGUUGUGCGCGUGGUUCCUCAAGGAAGCCCACAACACAACACAAAACAACACAUGAGGCAUGGAGAUAUGGAGAUAGUUAUCUCAAGACGAGGGGGUUCUUUUGUAAGUCAGUGACAGUGAGCAACUCAAAAAAACUGGUACCUGUCUAAGGUAUACGCUGGAUCCAAUGUCACCUCACCUCCCUGCCCUGGUAAACUUGAAGGCCGAUCCCCCCUGCAGUAACAAAAGGACUUUUAGAGGACAGUGUGACAUUUCAGAAGCCGUCUUUUCCUU